UUUAACUUUCACUUUUUCAACUUCCCUUCUCUGCAGAACUUUCCAUUUAAAAAAACAGACAUUUUGAUUGUCAUUGCGCUAUCGUCUUUCUUUCUACAUUAGGGAUGAGUUUUCAUCUGAUCAGAUUUGCCAAUGGGGACAUUGCUGUUGUCCCGGAUAAGUGGUGUGAUGACGGGAUGGUGUACUGGCCAAAAUAUAAAAACACAGAACGUGCCAAAAGGGCAGCUGCCAACAGCGAGGACCAUGAGGCAAACUGGCCAAAAUAUGAUAUCACGAUCAUCAGAACAUGUGACAACUACAAAGAUGCCUGUAGGAUUAUGGAGCAAUAUCAGACCGGCUGCAACACCUCUGACCUACAGUCUGAGGCAGAGCAGGAGUGUGGGCCACCAGAUAAGAGGCAAAGGAGGCCAGUCCAUCGUUUCGGAGACUCUGACCAGAGCGAAGAAGAUUUGGAAGAUGUAGUGUCUCAGUUGGAAGCACUACCAGUGCUUCCAAGCCCAAGCCAAUUUCCCUGGCAGACUCCACUAUCUCGCCGAGUGCCAGGCAGUAGAUUCGCUGCUCCUCAACCUGGAGAAAAUUGUCCAGCAUCUCACCAUGGGGCAGGACUGCAUCACCCUGCACCCGCAUUGAGCAUGCAGAGAGUUACUCAAGGAACGGCAGUCCCUCCUCAACUCCCUCCACCCCCCGCACCAGCCCUCAACAUGCAGCCUUCUUCCAGCCUGGCCUACAGACCAACAUGGCGAGGGGGAAGAAUGGCCGAUACCAUUCCCUGCUCUGCGGCAGAGUUCCAAAUACUCAGCCUGCUGGAAACGAUAAAGAACCAGAACGACCAGCUUACGGCUAAGGUGAACCUACUCACCAGUAGGAUGAACAGCACCCCGGGGCCAGAUGUGGAGAUGCCGGACAGCAUCCAGUUUCCCCUGGAACAAUUGGAGGCAGUGGAGGAAUUUGAACAGUUUUUAAAAGAACCGUCAAAUAGCCCAGCUCGACAGAGAGUGAUUUCUUCUUUGGCCAACAUUGGAGGCCAGGAUGUGAAGCGGGUGACCUGGAACAUCCUGGGCAGGCUGUUCACUGAUGAGGUCUCCCAUCAGAUCAGUUGGAAGGGUGUCCACAACAAAAAGCCUUUUAGCAGGAUGGCAACAAAGACCUUGCUUUUCAGUGCUGUGAGGAAAAACGUGGUGACACGGUCAGCCACGGACGCGGAGGUCACCAAACACGCCAUCAGGUGGUUCAACCUGGCGGCGGAUCGGGCGGCGAGGAGACGUGUCCCUCCUCCAUCCACUCCUCCACCCGAAUAACAAUUAAACAAUCAUUUGAUUGAACUUCUUGUCGUUCACCAGUUAUUCAUUUUCUGAUAUUUUAGCUGCAGCGCAGCAUUUCAUGUUGUAGCCUUAUAGAUAAAAUAUUUUAUGUCUGCACCGACCUAUGCCUAUAAAGCACUAAAUUAGGUCCACAAAAUGAAUGUAAAGUAGCCUAGCCAACGUAGACUACUUAACAAAAACAGAAUAGGCUAUAACCUAUAAUUUUCCAUAAAUGUAAAUGUCAAUUUUCUAUUUUUCUAUUGAGUAGUGAUUACUUUUGUGCAGUAAAUUGAUGUCUUGACUUGAACCUUUUCUGUUAUUGUUAUGCCUAUUGACAAUAUUGUUAGGUAAAACAUACAAGGCAAUGCAUAUUUAAACUUAUGCCUAGGCCUAUAUUGCUGUAGCCUAGGCUAGGAAUGAUAUCUUUGAGUUUUAUCCUAUAGUUUAGUUUAUCCUAUUUUAUCCUACAGCAAGAACAGAAGGGAUUUUGAAAAUAAGAUAAACGGGUCCAAAACGGACCCGGGCCAGAUGAGCCAGGAUCUUUAUGAGUCCGUUGCGGUUCCGCGGCGGAUGUCUGUAUACAUUUGCGGGUCCCAAACGGACCCCCAACGGACCCCCAGCGGGUCCCAAACGGACCCGCCACGGAGGUAAGGUUUUAAUCGCGGAUCCGGAGCGGAUGCGGCGCGGAGCCACUGCGGAUCCGCGAUCCGCCUUCGUAGCGGAUCCGUCCCUGAGUGCAAGUGAACUCCGAUACGGGUCCGUUUCGCGGGUCCGUUCCGGAAGCCGCAAUACCUCCGCGGCGGAUCCGCCGCGGAGUCCUU